AUGAGUGGAAUCUCACGUGCAUCUAGGAAAGUUUUUGGUGGUAAGGUUGUUGUGUUUGGCGGUGACUUCAGACAAAUUCUCCCAGUUAUACCAAGAGGAACUAGAUCAGAUAUUAUCCAUGCAACAAUAAAUGCUUCUUAUAUUUGGGAUCAUUCUAAUGACAUAAGGAGCUUUUCUGAGUGGAUUUUAAAAAUUGGAGAUGGGACCAUGUGUGAGCCAAAUGAUGGUUAUGCUGAUAUUUGUAUUCCAGAUGAGUUCUUAAUUUCUAACUUUUCUGAUCCCAUCAAGGCAAUUGUUGAAGAUACAUACCCUGAUCUCAUUCAUAAUUAUCUUGAUUCCAAUUAUCUUCAAAGUCGGGCGAUCUUAGCUUCAACAAUUGAAGUUGUUGAUGAUAUCAACCAAUAUAUCACAAAUCUUCUUCCAAGAGAAGAGAAAGAAUACUUUAGUAGUGAUUCUAUUGAUAAAUCUGAUGCAACUAGCUUUGAUGCAUAUGAGCAUGUGACACCUGAGUUCCUAAAUGCUCUCAAAACUUCGGGAUUGCCUAAUCAUUCAAUCAAGUUGAAAGUUGGUGCCACUAUUAUGUUAAUGCGCAAUCUAGAUCAGUCUGAAGGAUUGUGCAAUGGUACAAGGCUAACUGUAACCAGGCUUGCUAAUCAUGUCAUUGAAGCUAAGAUCAUUUCUGGAAAAAAUAUUGGUAACUUAUUUUAUAUUCCUAGAAUGUCUCUAUCCCCCUCACAAUCCCCAUGGCCGUUUAAGUUGGUAAGACGCCAGUUUCCAAUUAUUGUUUCCUUUGCCAUGACUAUUAACAAAUCUCAAGGGCAAUCACUUGAUAAUGUUGGUUUGUAUUUGCCUAAAGAAGUUUUUAGUCAUGGGCAAUUAUAUGUGGCUAUCUCAAGAGUCAAAUCGAAAAAGGGUUUAAGGAUUCUUAUUCAUGACAAAGAUAAACAACCUAUGAGCUCUACCACCAAUGUUGUAUUCAAAGAAGUGUUCCAUAACAUUUGAAAAGGUCCAAACAUUCACUUCAUUUUUGAGAUUCAUGCUGCAGCCAAUGUUGUGUUCAAACAACUGUUCCAUAACCUUCAAAAGGUCCAAACAUUCACCUAAUUUUAGAGUUUCAUGCUGCAGCCAUGUUUUAAUUUCAAUCAAACAUGCAAAAUAGUGUUGUGACAUUAUAGCUCCUUCAUGUUUAAUGACUUUACAAAAACUAAUUAUAUCCUAUUAGAAUUAUGAUUUUUGAUUUGAUACAUUUAUUGUUCCAAUGUUUUUUUUUUUUUUGAAUUUGGCAUAUCUUAAAAAUAUUACGCGUGCGGCAGCACGGAUUUGUUACUAGUUGUUUAUAUAUGAUGACAAAGUCCUUAUCCAAGGACACGUAUGGGUGGUGCAGAAGCGUUGGUGGACUACUGAACCUCCACCUAAAUUAAAAGGAAGAGAUUAAUGAGUUUUUCCUUUUUAAGAGGAGAGGAAAAUUAGGAUAGAUAAAAUAUUAAAUAGUAUAUGAAAUUAGUGAG